CUCGGAGUUAUUGAUUCUGGGUUUUAUUUUCCCGAAAGUUUACGAAUAGCAGUGUUCAAAAUUUGAUCCUUCAUCUGCCCAUUUCAUGAUAGAUUUGAAUUAAAUAAAUCAGUUCUUUCUGCCCAAACAGUAAUUAUUUAAAAUGCUUAGCGUUUUAUUGGCACUUUCGCCCCUUCAACUUUCUCUACUUUGUCAUCCCACAAUUACCUUUCUGCUCGUGGCUGCUGCUGCGGUGCAAACUAAUAAAAAUCCCGAGAAAGUGUUCGAAUUUCCAGAGUACGAUUACACCGAAACUCCUAAAAACGAAAUAGCGUGGCGUGAAUGGGGAGCAGCUUGUGACCAGACACCCGUGUGUCUUGGUUUGUUAGAUUUGGAGAAAGUCCGAUGUGUCCGGAAAUGCAUGAGUCCGUCUUGCUACCAAGAAAUAUAUGCGUUUGAUGAGCUGGAAGAGGGAGAAAUAGACAUUCGGUUCCACUCAUUCAAAGGUUGUUUCGCUUCUAGGAUAGCACGAAAACGUUUCUAGAUUUUGUAACGUUCAUUUUGAAAUAGAAAUAAAUUGAUUAUCUUGAUUAAUA